CUCUAUAUUCUAUGACCAAAAUCAAGACAUGCGGCGGUGUAGAAGUGUGGAAACUCCUUCGAAAAGGUUGUAAAGGAGUUUCCUUUACGGUUUUUAAUUUUGACAGGCAGAUAAAUAUUUUACCAUCAUGCCGCCAAAAAAGUCUAUGGAAGAAACAGAUCGUUUGACCCGUAUAGCUAUUGUUAAUUCUGAUAAGUGCAAACCAAAAAGAUGUAGACAAGAAUGUAAACGAUCUUGUCCAGUAGUUAGGAUGGGCAAACUUUGUAUAGAAGUCAAUCCAAAUAGUAAAAUAGCAUCAAUUUCUGAAGAAUUAUGUAUUGGGUGUGGUAUUUGCGUUAAGAAAUGUCCGUUCGAGGCAAUAUCUAUUAUCAAUCUUCCUAGCAAUUUAGAAAAAGAAACUACUCAUCGUUAUUCGAAAAAUUCAUUUAAACUUCAUAGACUACCAAUUCCACGUCCUGGAGAAGUAUUAGGUUUAGUUGGUACCAAUGGUAUUGGUAAAUCAACUGCUCUUAAAAUUUUGGCAGGAAAGCAGAAGCCUAAUUUAGGCAGAUUUACUGAUCCUCCAGACUGGACAGAAAUUUUAAGCCAUUUUAGGGGUAGUGAAUUGCAAAACUAUUUUACCAAAAUAUUAGAAGAUGAUUUGAAAGCUCUUAUUAAACCUCAGUAUGUAGAUCAAAUUCCUAAGGCUGUAAAAGGUACUGUACAACAACUAUUAGACAAGAAGGAUGAGUGCAAGAAUCAGCUAGAAAUUUGUAAAAUGUUGGAUUUAAUGCACAUACGUGACAGAGGUAUCGACGCACUUUCUGGUGGAGAACUUCAACGUUUUGCUUGUGCUAUGGUAUGCAUUCAGAAUGGAGAUAUUUUCAUGUUCGAUGAACCUUCUUCAUACUUAGAUGUAAAACAACGUCUUAACGCUGCGUUGACGAUUCGGUCCCUUAUUCAUCCUGACAAGUUUAUUAUAGUAGUGGAACAUGACUUAUCAGUGUUAGACUAUUUGUCAGAUUUCAUUUGUUGUCUGUAUGGUGUUCCUGGGGCAUACGGUGUCGUUACUAUGCCCUUCUCUGUAAGGGAAGGUAUUAAUAUCUUCCUUGAUGGUUUUGUGCCAACGGAAAAUCUGAGAUUCCGUGAGGAAUCUCUUGUAUUUAAAGUAGCCGAAAGCGCGACUGAAGAAGAAGUUAAACGUAUGAAUCACUAUGAGUAUCCUGCGAUGACGAAAACAAUGGGUUCGUUUAAAUUAGAUGUCGAGAAGGGUCAGUUCACGGAUUCAGAAAUUCUUGUAUUACUUGGAGAAAAUGGAACGGGGAAGACGACGUUCAUCAGAAUGUUGGCUGGUAAUUUGCCACCUGAUGAUGGUUCUGGAAAUAUUCCUCAGUUACAUAUUAGUUACAAACCACAGAAAAUUAGUCCUAAAUCACAAGGCGUUGUUCGACAGUUAUUGCAUGAAAAGAUAAGGGACGCUUAUGUCCACCCUCAGUUUGUAACUGAUGUUAUGAAACCAUUGAAGAUAGAUGAUAUUAUGGACCAAGAAGUACAGAAUCUUUCUGGUGGAGAGUUACAGCGAGUAGCUUUAGCUCUAUGUCUUGGAAAGCCAGCUGAUGUUUAUUUGAUUGAUGAACCUUCUGCUUAUUUGGACUCUGAACAACGUUUAGUUGCAGCUAAAGUAAUAAAACGGUUUAUUUUACAUGCAAAGAAAACAGGAUUUGUAGUAGAGCACGAUUUCAUUAUGGCAACUUAUUUGGCUGACCGUGUAAUCGUAUUUUCUGGUACUCCAUCUCUUUCAACUACAGCUCAUAGUCCGCAGUCCUUACUGAAUGGAAUGAACAGAUUUUUAGAACUCUUAGGUAUCACUUUCAGAAGAGAUCCAAACAAUUUCCGACCAAGAAUUAAUAAGAGUCAAUCUGUAAAGGAUUUGGAACAGAAGAAAGCUGGACAAUAUUUCUUCCUGGAGGAGUAAGAUGUGAUCUCAUCUACAAAUCGAUUAGCAGCUUAUAUAAAAAUACUGUUAAGAAGUUUUUGUAAAUCUUUAUACAUUUAAAAGCCGGGAAUGGAUUUCUUACAAUAUAUGAACAUACUAGUGGCGCAUAUUUUGCGUUCAAUCGAAAUAUUCUUCAUUUCAAAAUAUCAGCCCUUUUAGGAUAUUUAUUUAAGCGAACGAAUAUUGCAGAUUUGUUGAUGUAUGUCUCAAUAUAUCGAAGAACUUGAUUGAAAGAGAAAUGCAGUCGUAUUUUUGUACGAAUUAAUGCUGCCACAAAUUUAUUUAUAUUAAUUAGCAUAUGUCACAAUUCGCAUUUAGACAUAAAUUAUGCAAAACGCAUUUUUCUGUACGAAUAAUUUAUGUUUGAUUAUAUGUAAUAAAUCAAGGGAGAUUUAAUAUCUCGGUACAUGUACAACUGGUAUGGAUAUGGAACAUGAAUUAUACAAAUGAACUAUGAA